CUCAGUCUCCCUUAUGGGAGGUCUCGAGUUCGAAACUCAAUGGAGUGAGUUUCAGCCCUGAUUACUCAAGGCCCCUUCGUCCCCCAGACGACCCUGGAGUAAAAAAUAAAAAAAUAAAAUGUGCACUUCUAUCCAUUUUUCUAAUUGCAUUUCAUUUAUAUCUAUUUUCCAUUUAUAAAUUUUCACCUAUCCAAUUAUACCUUUUUUGGCAAAAAGUUUUAACUUUUUUAUUUAAAAAAAAAUACUCCGUGCCACGUCGUCAAAACCCAACCCCUGAGAUCGUCAAUUGACGGCAGUCUGUCGAACUGAAGCACUUCAGCAGAAAAGCACGACUGAACGAGACGUGCGCAGCCGUUACCUUCCCACACAGCGCCAGCUGCGCCUCCGGCAUCCGCGGCUCCGCCCUCCGUCCCUGCUUGCUCGGCUACUCGGCUGCUCGCUGAAUCGCGGCCUGACUGCGUACGCUGGUUUCCGAUUUGCAGAGCCAGAAACUCCAUACGUGAUUGGUCUGAACAUCAACCGUCGUUGACCCCGCUUUCCGACGAAGCGACCAUGGAAGAUGUCUCGACGUCUACUGGAGACGCCUUCGAUCGCAAUCCCAUGGCAUCAGUUCAACUACUCCCUUCUUCAAUAGACGGCCGUCCUCUAGUUUCCGGGGUAGGUAGUCCAAAAGGAGACAAACUGGUCUUAAGGGGUUUAAAAUUCCAUGGGUUCCAUGGAGUGAAAGCUGAAGAAAGGACUUUGGGCCAGAAGUUUGUAGUGGAUAUGGAUGUCUGGAUGGACCUUAGAGCAGCCGGUAAGUCUGACCAGCUGUUAGAUACACUGAGUUAUACUGAUGUUUACCGCAUAGUGAAAGAGGUGGUGGAGGGAUCAGCACAUAAUCUGCUUGAAAGUGUGGCGGAACACAUCUCAUCUGCAACACUAAGCAGAUACCCGCAGGUAAAUGCUGUGCGAGUACAGUUAGGGAAGCCACAUGUUGCAGUCCAAGGAUCCGUUGACUACUUGGGAGUUGAGAUCAUGAGAUGCAGAGGAAUUGACACAUAGAUUUCUCAACCCCCUUCCUGGAUCAAUGCUUUGUUACCAUGAUUUUCUUUGUUCCAGUUUCUUAAACCUCAACUGAUUGCUUUGUUGAAAUUCUGUAUGAUUGAAUAUGUUAAAAUGUGUGAAUAUGUUGUCAAGUGAUUGAUAUGUACUAGUAUUUCAUAUUUGCAUAUUUUACAUCUAUUUGAAGUAAUUACAAUUUUGAGUAGAGUAUUUCUACUGUGCUAAUG